UCCAAGCGGGGCACAUCCAGGAACCAACACGCGGAUUGGUCUCCGCUCCGCGCGAUUCGGGUCUCAGUAACAGGGGCCGGAAUCUCCAAACAUCCUAGAAAUGGCGCUCAGCGGCGACCAGCCGUGUCAGAAAACAAGAUUCCCCACAGCCUCGCAAGUUGCACGACAGGGAUGCAGUCGAAGGAUGACGUAUGAGGGAUGAUGUCUUGAACUCUAACGCGUGUGACUUCAUGAUGCAAGCUCCAUAUUAACAUUGAAUCUUCCAGCGAUCUGUUUAUCGUUUCCCGUUCUUUUUAUCUGUAAAUCGUAUUUCCAAAGUUCAAAAUGACAGAUAUCGUUGGCGACCUCAAAAAGCAGACUGGCGCGUUGCAAUCAAGCGUCAAUAGCGUUGCCAAAACUGCAGGCAAUACACCGGCGACGAAGAAGACCGUCAACACGAGUCCAGCCAAGGCCACACAAUCUGCUGCAUCGAAGACAACACCCAUUCCUCCUGUGAAGAAGGCUGCCUCAAGUUCAGCUACCACCAAGCCAAGAACACCACUGGGUACACAGAAGAAGCUUCCUGUUCGGAAGACUCCAGCGAUAGCCACAGAGACAAAGCCUGCUACAGCAGCCACGCCAACAAAGACUGCUGCGCCUCUCAAGAAGACCGCAACACCCGCUGCCUCAACGGGAAAGCAGGAUGUCAGCAAUACUUCAAAGCCAGUACCUACAGCCGGAACCGCUGCCACCAAGAAGGUGACACCCGCAGUUACCAGCACAGCAGGCACAGCUGCUGCUCCCGUCAAGAAGACCCCAAGGAAACUUGGUGGAACUGGCACACCAACUGCCUCGAAGCCAGCCAGCACAGUGAAAUCUACCCAAGGACCAACACCCACCAAGACGACUGCCAACCCAUCCAAAUCCGCAGUCAACUCUGCAACCAAAAGCGCUACCAAUCAAGCGAAGGCUACACCCGUGAAGAAGAACGUCGAUGGCCAAGCUGCGCCCACUGCGAAGAAGAACAUUGUCUCGCGCGGCGCAGGCGCUGCGUCAAGCAGUGUCAACAGUACAGUCGGCGCUACAACGGGGCUCGUGAACACCGUCGGCGACAGCGCUACAAGCGGCAUCAAUUCGGGAGUCAAUGCCACCACAGGCGUGGUGGGCAAUGGUCUUAACAGACUCCCUGGCGGUGUAGGAAAGCCGGUCAAGCAUGUCACGGAUAACGCUGGCAAGAUCGUGACGGGCGCAAGUGAUAACUUGUACUACACUGCUGGCGCGGCGACGAAAGGUGUGCAGGGCACGGUGUCGAAGACCACAGGUGCGCUGAGCAGAGGCGAUGUCCGCGGGACCGUUGCAGGCGCUACAUCUGGCGUUGGUAAUACGGUGAAGGGCGCUGGUAAAGGCUUAGGAACCACCGUCGGCGACGGACUGGGAGGCGUGGGCAAGACCGUCGGCGGCCCUGUUGGAGGCGUCGUCGGCAACGUGGGUAAAGGCGCUUCGAAUGCGGUCAGCGGAGUCACUGGUGGUCUGGGCGACGGCGUAGGCAAGCUCGGAAAGGGCGAUGUAAUCGGCGGCGUUGGCAGCACGCUCGGUGGUGUUGGAAAGGGCGUUGGUGGCUUGCUGUCGGGUAUAACUGGGUAUGGUCAGAAUGAGGGCGAGAAGGUCGAUGCGCCAGAGGGCAAGAAAGAGGGGCAGUUCUUCUGAUGGUUAAGAUAUGGGGAGUGGGAUCGGAUGGAUGAGCGGACGAAGAAACGAAUGAGUAAGGCGCAGGCCUGGGUGGAGGAGCUACAGAGUGAGUGUGGGACGGAGGAUCAAGAGUAUAUUGCUGCUUGGAAACAUGAGCUGGAGACUGUUCCGGAAUGAUAUCAUUAAGAUACAUGUAAUAGGAACAGGUUAUGAACUCCACGG